AGGAUGAAAGUCUGUGCUCCUCUCACUGUUGUCUUGGCUCUGAGUCUGAGCAGUGGCUGUGCAAGGAUGCACUACAAAUCUGAGGCAGGAAGAGGCUCAAGGCAUGGGUUCACUCGCCCACAAGUGUUUACAGAGGAUGGACAUUUAUGCAAAUUUCCUUUCCGGUUUGGCGGAAGGUUUUAUCACACGUGUUUAUCAAAUUUAUUUUCCAGAAAGAAAUGGUGUUCAACAACACAUAACUUUGACCGGGACAGGAGGUGGGGACACUGUGAUUUGCUGCCCAGAGACCACUCAGAUCACUGUGCAGACAACCCCUGCCAGAAUGGAGGGACCUGUUCUCUCAGUCACGGCCACAGGAUGUACCACUGCACCUGUCCUGAGGAAUUCACAGGCGAGGACUGCCAGCUGAAGAAAUGUUUUGACAACAGUCUCUACGAAUUCUUUGAUGUGGGUGCGAGCUGGUCAAGAGUCCAACAAGGAGCAGUGGAGCAGUGCAAGUGUGUGCACGGCCAGAUGGAGUGUGUUCCUGUGGAACACAAAAGUUGUGUUCAUGAUCCUUGCAUGAAUGGUGGAGAGUGCAAGAUGGUUGCCUCCACUGGGAAAAUAGUAUGUGAUUGCAAAGAAAAUUACGCAGGGAAGUAUUGCAAUAUUGUCCCGAGCCAACGGUGCUACAUCGGCAACGGCACAGAUUACAGAGGGACAGCCAAGACAACCAUUUCUGGACACAGCUGCUUGCCUUGGAAUUCAGACCUGCUUUACCAAGAGCUUCAUGUUGACAGCAUUGGGAAAGCAGUGCAGCUUGGCCUGGGGCCCUUCCCUUACUGCAGAAAUCCAGAUGAUGAUGAUAAGCCCUGGUGUUACAUCAUGAAGGACAACAGUUUGUCUUGGGCAUAUUGUGACAUUCCAACUUGUGCAAGCAGGGAAAGGAGGCCACUAGUUCCAGACAAAGUAGAUAGCUCUGCAAGCACCAAAAGACCAUGUGGAAGAAGACACAAAAAAAGAAGUUUUGUGAGACCUAGGAUUGUUGGGGGAUCUUCAUCUCUGCCUGGAUCUCACCCCUGGACAGCAGCUAUAUAUAUUGGAGAGAGUUUCUGUGGUGGAAGCCUGGUUCAGACCUGCUGGGUUGUGUCAGCAGCACACUGCUUUGCUAACAGUCCACUAAAAUCCACCAUUCGAGUAGUUCUGGGUCAACAAAUAUUUAAUAAAACAACUGAUGUAACACAGACAUUUGAAAUAGAGAAAUACAUCUUGCAUCCUCAGUAUUCCGUGUUCAAUCCUACUGAACAUGAUAUUGCUUUGAUUAAGCUGAAGAAGAACGGCCAACGUUGUGCUGUCAAGUCCCAGUUUGUUCAGCCCAUCUGCCUGCCAGAAAGUAACACUGUUUUCCCUGACCAGUUGAAAUGUCAGAUUUCUGGAUGGGGACACAAGCAUGAGAAUAUAUCUGGUUAUUCAGAUGUCCUGCAAGAAACACUGGUUCCACUUAUUCCAGAGGAGAAGUGCAGAAGUCCUGAAAUUUAUGGAACAGAACUCACAGAAAAUAUGUUCUGUGCUGGCUACUUUGAUAGCAAAUCAGAUGCUUGUCAGGGAGAUUCUGGUGGACCUCUGGCUUGUGAAGAAAAUGACAUCUCUUACCUCUAUGGAAUUAUCAGCUGGGGAGAUGGCUGCGGCAGAGUCAACAAACCUGGAGUAUACACAAGAGUGACAAACUAUGUAAAGUGGAUUAAUGAGAAAAUAGCCCCUCGAAAAACUAGUUGA